CAUCUAUAUCAGUGUUUGUCUCCUCCUAAUCCUAUCACCAUUAAUCCAUUAUAUUCCACACCAAAAAUUAAAGAUGGAUGAGUCUUGGCGCAAGAGCAUGGCAAUCACCGGGAUGGGUGGCACCGGUACGGCUCUAGAACCCGAAGACUUCAAUGAUGUAUUCGGGGGCCCGCCAAGAAGUGUACUAGCAAGGAAAAUGUCUGCUGACUUCUCUAGUAAUGAUUUGUUUUACAAUGAGAUUUUUAGGCCUUGUUCAGAAAUGGAGUCACCGGGUAUUAUUUCAGGUCGAAGGUUGCCGGAGUUUGUGAUCCCUGAAAACAUACAAUCUAAAAGGAAGCAGAUGAUGAAAUCCAUGUGUAGAUCAAAGUCUACUUCUUCAUCUGUUAUGAGUUUUGAUGAGCUUAAUCAACUUAAUAACUUUCGGAAUGCCGCGGUUAUUGUUGAGGAAGAUGUUGCUCUUGCGUCUUACACUUCCAAUCUCAGGCCACUAAAUAUGCCAAGUAGAUGUACCGCAUCCACAUUGUCCAUGCCCAAAAACAAUGAGAUGAAGCAAGAUUUACCGGGCUUUGCAUGGUCUAACGUUGUACCCUAUUUUGGCAACGAUAAGUUCAAUGCAGAUGACAUGAUACAAAACUUGGGGUAUUCCCGAACCGGUACUCCACAAACAACCAACUUGGAGAACAUCGGUAUCGAAUGUAUUGGUGAAUAUGAUGUGCAACUCUUGUCCAAUUCACCAAUUGUAAAUUAUGUUGGUAAUCAAGUGAAUUAUGAAAUUGGUGAAACUAACAACUCUGAAGCGAGCGAUAUUGUUGAAGCCAUCGCUUGGGCCAAGGAGAAAUUUCAAGGUUUGAGCUCUAAUAAUGAUACACAUGGAUUUAUUAAAGAACAACAGAAUCAUUAUUUUACACUAAAUGGUGCAACAUAAAUAACUUUAUUUUCUGUGUUUCUGUCACUAUGUUUCAACCUAUUUCAUCAGCUUCAAAUGUAUCUAUCUUUUUAUUUGCUCUUAUGAUUGUAUAAAGUUUCUGUUUCACUUUUCAUCCAUAGAUUUUUGAAAAUAAAUACUUUAUUCAUUUUUUUUU